AUGCGAAUCUGCUCGUCUAUCAAUUCGGAAUUCGCUCUCGGCGACCUUUUAAGUCUUUCGCAAGUCGUGAGUCAUCGUUUUAUUUUUGAGUUUCGAGAUUUUCAAAUAUUUUUUUUCUGAUGACUUACCAGAUGUUGUGCUGCUUGAGUUUUCGAUUUUAGGAGAUCAUGAGGUACAGGAAGCUGCCGCCUCUUUGCUUCCCAGUGGCCUUCAUUCUUCUCCGGAUCUUCCUGAUUCUCCACUUUUAUGUUGCUGUUUAUGGGAAUGAUCCGGUUGUGCAAUUUAUCGACAGUUCCAUGAGCGAGCCGGACCCAGUUCUUGGCGUUGAAAUCGUUGUCGACGCCGCCGUUAUCUAA